AUGUCUUUUAAACCGAAUAUUAUAACGUGUGAUUCGCCUGACGAGUUGAGUUGUGUGGCAUGUAAAAAAAUACUUGACAUUGUCCACGCUGCGAAGCGCGAGAGCUGGCCACUUUCCAUCGCUCUUUCCGGUGGUUCAACGCCCAAGAUGUUGUACACCCGUUUACAUGACGAGCAGUUGCACCUGCUCAAGGAGGAGCGAGCGUUGCGCUUCUUCUUUGGCGAUGAACGGCUGGUGCCAGCCGAUGCUUCUGACUCGAACUACAACAUGGCAAGGCAGGCGCUUCUGCACGACAUUCCUGAAGAGCUUGUGGUGCCUGUGGAAGUGCGGUGUGUUGGAGGGGAAGCGUCGAAGGACGCCUGCGACGAUGCCAUGAAAGCGGCUGACGCGUAUGAAAGACAGAUUACCGCGCUCCUUGACCACAAAAAGGUGAAGGCAACGGGCACACGGGUCCCCAUUUUUGACAUUGUUCUCCUUGGCUUGGGCUCAGACGGGCACACCGCCUCCAUAUUCCCCGGCUCUCCGGCUGAGAACGAAGUGCAACACGCCGUAAGCGUGGGCUUCCCCAGCCCCACGAUGAGGCCAAAGGUCUGGCGAGUGACCUUGACGCCCACCACCAUCAUCCACGCACGUUAUGUUAUUCUGCUCGCGACAGGCGGAGAAAAAAAAUGGGUUAUGAACAGCAUCAUGUCAGACGCACCCACUGAAACGCCAGUCUCAAGGUUUCUGCGCAACUGCACAGGUGAUGUGACAUUUAUACUAGACAAGGAGAUAGCGGAGGACCUGCAGCGUUAA